CUGUGCCUUUUUUUACAGUGUCAUAGCUCCAGUAUGCACCAGCUUAAAAAACUUUGUUUGUAUAACCGUAUAUUGCCAAUAACUGGCUCACAAUCCUGGUCAAAUGCUCGUAAUGUUUUUAACUAUACUGGGUGUAUGGUAGCAAGACAUAACCUUUGCUUUCCACAAUUGCUUCAGUGUUCUAUUUUAAGAAGUAUAGGGUUUCAUGAAAAAGAAUCAAAAAGAAUUGAAGAGAAAAUGAAGAAGAUGCUUAAAAAUCGACCUAAAAUGAGAAAAAAGUUUUGUGACGUGUUGCCAGUUAAAAGUAACACUUCUCAAAACGUUUCUCUGAACAGAAAAUAUCAAAACAAAUUGAAUAAAAGCGUUUUGUUAAGAGAUCAAACUAGAGCAAAUAUUGUAUUAAAAGAAGUUCAGGAAGUUAUAGAUUCUGGUAUUGUCUCAGAUGAGUUAAGUCAACUCCAUGUACAACUAACAACGUGUACUAUGACAUCAAAGAAUCAUUGUUUAAUACAAUGGGAGUUACAGGGAAGUAAAAGAGACUUCUUUAUACAAGAGAAUCUUAACAGAUUCGCUGGCGAAAUCCGCCACUAUCUCAUCCAUAGCCACAUCAUCAGUCAAGUUCCAACCUUCCAUUUCUUUCUAUCGGAUCAAGUGAUGAUGGAUGCUAAAGUCCGGGAGCUUCUGGACUCCGGUUUGGUGGACAUGGGUCCUCUGGAAGAUGAGGAUCAGGAAGAAGAAGAAAUUGAAGAAGAUUUUAGUUGGGAGAGAACUAAGAAAAAGGACGAAGUCAACAAAUCAAUGGUACCAACAUAUAGCAUGUUUGGAAUAGAUCAGUUUGCUUUAGAAGAAAAGAUUUUAAACAAACAGAAAUUAGGGAGUAAGUCCAUUAAACCCGAAAAGCCAGAGACUUGAAAUAGCAGGUGGGAUAUUCUAUUUAAACAAAUCUUGUGUGAAAUAUUCUCACAACCAUGGAGACUGGCAGUUAUGCCUUGACAAGCAUUUGUAAAGACAUUUAUUUGGUUCUAAAAAUAUAAAUUUAUUUGGUUCCGAAAGUAGACUUUUACCUUUUUGUGUAACAAAGCAUUUAAAUUUAUUGCAAUCUG